CGUUGUCUUUGCUAGCCUGUGUGAGGAUGCAGGAAAAUAAAUGCGACGUCUUUGACGUAUAGCUGUGUAACUCUAGAGACGAAGCCAGCAGUGACUCAGGAGGAUAUUCAAAGCCGCGCGGCAUCACAUCGACGGAUAUGUGCCACCGGUGUCAUCCGAGAUCACUGUGCGAACGCUCGGCCGUACCGGAAACCAUUUAGAGAACGCGGUGUUGACUGGACGUACUGGAAAAGCCGCGCAUUGUGGCUCUUGAUUCCCAGAAACGGUCAGCUGGAUAUCCGUGUGUGUUGUUGGCACCGUUUCCUGCUCUGCUGCUGCUGUCGCUGCUUGUGUUGUUUUUUUUUGUGUGAGAACUUUCUGACGUUCAGCAUUUUGCAAACCAGACGGGACACAGGACGUUUAGCGUGAGGAUGAACGUCACGUCACUGUUUUCCUUCACCAGCCCGGCGGUCAAGCGCCUCCUGGGCUGGAAGCAGGGCGACGAGGAGGAGAAGUGGGCCGAGAAGGCUGUGGACGCGCUGGUCAAGAAGCUGAAGAAGAAAAAGGGCGCCAUGGAGGAGCUGGAACGCGCGCUCAGCUGCCCCGGCCAGCCCAGCAGCUGUGUGACCAUCCCGCGCUCGCUGGACGGACGGCUGCAAGUGUCGCAUCGCAAAGGCCUGCCGCACGUCAUCUACUGCCGCGUGUGGCGCUGGCCUGACCUGCAGUCGCACCACGAGCUCAAGGCGCUCGAGUGCUGCCAGUUUCCGUUCGGAUCCAAGCAGAAGGACGUGUGCAUCAACCCGUACCACUACAAGAGGGUGGACAGUCCAGUUCUGCCGCCGGUCUUGGUGCCUCGGAACAGCGAGUUCAACGCCAAGCUGUCCAUGCUGCCACGCUACCGCAACUCGCUGCACCAGACUGAGCCACACAUGCCCCACAACAUUAAAUACCCAGAAUCGUUCACUCAGCAGCCAGGCAACAGUUUACCGUUUGGACCCAACUCGCCCUCCAACAGCUACCCCGGCUCACCCAACAGUGGCACGGCGAGCAGCGCCACCUUCCCACAUUCACCGGGCAGCUCCGAACCCAGCAGCCCCUUCCAGAUGCCAGAAACUCCGCCGCCUGCAUACAUGCCCUCUGAGGAGCAGAUGACACAUGACUGUCCCCAGCCAAUGGACACCAACAUGCUGCCCCCCAACCUUCCUCUAGACAUCAACAACCGGACAGACGUCCAGUCAGUGGCCUACGAAGAACCCAAGCACUGGUGCUCCAUCGUGUACUACGAGCUGAAUAACCGGGUCGGAGAAGCCUUCCAGGCGUCCUCGACCAGCGUCCUGGUGGACGGCUUCACCGACCCGUCCAACAAUCGCAACCGCUUCUGCCUGGGCCUGCUGUCCAACGUCAACCGCAACUCCACCAUCGAGAACACGCGCCGGCACAUCGGCAAAGGUGUGCACUUGUACUACGUAGGAGGCGAGGUGUACGCCGAGUGCCUGAGCGACAGCAGUAUCUUCGUGCAGAGCCGCAACUGCAACCACCACCACGGCUUCCACCACACCACCGUGUGCAAGAUCCCGAGCGGCUGCAGCCUCAAGAUCUUCAACAACCAGGAGUUCGCCGAGCUGCUCGCCCAAUCCGUCAACCACGGUUUCGAGGCCGUCUACGAGCUCACCAAGAUGUGCACUAUUCGCAUGAGCUUUGUCAAGGGCUGGGGAGCCGAGUACCAUCGUCAGGACGUGACCAGCACCCCCUGCUGGAUCGAGAUCCACCUCCAUGGACCGCUCCAGUGGCUGGACAAGGUUCUGACGCAGAUGGGCUCUCCUCACAACCCCAUCUCCUCCGUGUCCUAAGGAGUGGGCGGAGAGGGGAGGGAGCGGGGUUAUGAGGUUAUGAGGUUGGGGGGGGGUCAGUUGUAUACGAUUUUACUUGCAGUGAGCAAAGCCCUCAGUCAGCGAAUGUCUGGAAGAUACUUGAUAACUCUGUGUGACCAAUCGCAAUCGUUGAUGAGGCCAUCAUACCCGCUGCAAAAGUAUCCUCCUUUCAUACUUGUGACAGCAGGCGCUCUCCUGUAUCACACUUUCUCCUUUCUUUUCAUUUUUUUUUUUUUUUUGGUUUGUGAAAUAUGUUAUUAUUCCAAUGAAGAGGAGGGGGGGGGGAUUCGUGUAGGUACAGUAACUAUACAGUAGAGGGGUUAUGCGACACGACUGACCUGCUUAGAGAUUAAAAACGAGUAAAUAAUCAUAGACAUUGUGCGUCAGAUGCACGGAAGAAGCGUCUGUGCUGUGUAGAACAGAAUGUAUUACAGUUUUUAUUCUCUUUUUUGUUUUUGCAAGAAAAUGUAGCAAAAUGAGACAAAAAAAGACAUUGGGUAAAUAAAGAUAAUGUGGACGUGAAUAAUCAUAAGUGUUGUAAAGGGGGAAUAAUAUGUGGGUUAAACGGCAUGAUGUUGGUAGAGUAGGGGCACAUAGGCACACUCGUGCUCUACUUAUAUUGCAUCCGAUUGAUUUCAGAUCAUUUUAAGGGCAGUGUAUAAAAUUUUUUAUAGAUGUGCUGAUUGUUAGAGGAAAUGCUGUGCUGUCUGUUUUGGAUAUUAUUUUGUUGAUUAUUAUUUUUCUGCCACUAACAUUUUAACAUAUGAGUAUUGAAAUACAUUACAUACAUAGUGAUCGGAAGACACUAAAGGUCGUUCUCGUUUAUGAAAAUGAAAUGGACAGAAAACGAAGAAAAUUCCGUUCGUUUGCUGUGGUUCUGGUUUGGAGUGUUCGAAAUAUUUUUCAUUUUCCAGCUCAGUGUUGCUCGAUAUCGCCCUCACGUCCAGAUGCGGUACAUCAGGAGGCGCUCACGGUGCGCUCGAAUUUUUUUUUUCCUCUUUAGCUCAUGACGCAAAUCGUAAUCGACGAUAUUGUAAAUAAAAUCACAGCAGUUAAAUCGAAAAGGCUGUAGUUCAGAGAGUGAUAUUCAGAAUUUGAUGUUUAACUGUUUAACCAUCAAGCAUCCGUUCCAUAUUAAUAAGUAGGGAUAGUAAUCACCAUGCGUCACCCGAUACCGUAUUAUCACCAUACCUAGGUGGAGAUUCGAUUUUGUAUUUCGAUUUUGUAAGUAUUAUGGUUUUGUAUGUUUUUUUUUUUUUUUUUUGAUUUUCUUACAAUUCUAAACAAACUACUUUAAAUAGCGGAACUGUGACUAUUUAAAACCACCUCAAAUGCAAACAUAUAUCAAUAAAAAAAAACGUAAAAAAUUAAUAAAUAACAUUUAUAACAAUUUUGGCGUAUCAGUGUGGCGAUACUGGAACUGCCACACACAAGAAUUCUGAUACAUACCCAAAUCAACCUAAAUUUUUCCUGUCUAUAUUAUUAAGUUCCGAAUAAUUAACCUGAUAUGGUAGUUAUACAGUAAAAAAAAAGACUUCUUACAUUUAAAACCAGACUUACCUGUUUUUUUUUAUAUACAUUAGGUUCUAAUGUUAUGUCCUGAGCUCCGAGUAUAGCUAGCUGAUUAGUAGCAUUCAAAAACAAAACAUCAAAAAAAUGCACAAUCUUGAGUGUUUAGUGCUAGACAAGAACGCGAUAAAACAGACAGUGUUUGUUCAAAGUUUAAAUAUGGAACAGUGACUUUGAUUUGAAAACUAAUUCUAAUUUGUACUCAUCAGAUCAGCUCAGUGUUUAUUGAUGAAAUACAGUACAGAUGUGGACAGAUGUGUGAUUUAUGGCUAAAACAAUUUUUUUUUUUUUUUUAAAGAUGGC